AACAGUCUUCGUCUUCUUUCCUCAAACGCUCUCCCUUCUCUCAUCACACUCGCCACCUCCAUUCUUCUCUUUGUUCCUUCGACGCUGCUUGCUCUACCUUUUCGUUGCUCUCAUUGACGUCUCACUAAGCAUAUUGUACGGCCACCGUUGUGUGGCCGAUACUGCCGACAGUUUACCUCGGUAUCUCGAUAAUACAGUUGACGCAUGGUGGUCAAAAAGUGCUCCGAAUACCAGAUCACAUUUUUGUCGGUUUUCUUUUCUCUGGUGAUCUACAAGACUUAAGAAACGCAGUAAACACAUUUAAGAUUAUUUUCUCUAUUACAAAAAAAAGUGAAAGAUGGAAACGCACAUCAGAAGUGUCAACAGUGAUAACAUAGCACCAACGGAAGCGUAUGUUCCUACGUCAGAAAUAGCAAUCACCCCCGAAGAAGAGGACGCGAUCGUGACGUUGGUAGUCGUUGUAAUCGGCAUCGUCAUCGCCAUAGUGGUGUUAUUCGUGAUGGGUAUCUUCAUAGACUGCAAACACCAAAAAGCAGAUUCUUUGAAGAAAAAGAAACUAAGAUUGAAAAUGCCACCAUUAGCAAGAGGAAGGCGGAAAGAUGACUCAAAAACCUUAGCCUCGGACAUGUGUCCUAACGGUAUUAGCGAUACUGCAUUUAAAACAAGAGAUGAGAUAGUUUGAUAUCUAAGAGAAAUCAGUUUAUUUUGUUAUCGCGCACAAAGACUCUCUUUAAAGAAUAUCUCUGAAGAAUACUGAACGUUCUCUGUUUUAUAUAUGAUUAUGAACAAUAAUUAGAAGAGUAAAAGAAAUAUCUCUGUUAUUAUUUUUUUAAGAGAUAUAUUUACUAUUUAUCGAAGAUAUAUAUUUUAUGUGAUAUGUACUUUAUAAAUACAAUAGCAAAAAAUUUGAAUAGACGAAGCAAUUUAUGCAGUUAGAUCUAAUUAAAGUACAACGCGCACUUGUCUUGAUAAAAAACACUAUCAAAUAGCUUUCUAAGAAAUCGAUUUAUUUUGAAAUAUCAUAGUUUAAAAAACUAUGUAUUUGUGAUAUUAUGGUCCAAGACGAUUGUGCGGCAAGUUAUUUUUUAAAUAUUUUAAAUAAUUGAAAUGUGUGCAAAUAAAUAAAAUAAUGUAUGUACAUGC